AUGGCGCUGGGCUUUCGGGAAGUCAGUAGCGUGCUCCUGAUGGAGAGUAGCCUCCAAGUACUCAUGCGGCAGGAAGAUGUGCUCCUGGGGGAGGCUGUGUGCCCCGGCCUGCUAGCCCCCGGCCUGCUGCCCUCCAUGUGGCAGCUCUACCCUGGAAGACGAUACCGAGGCUCAGACUCCAGUUUCUGGCGCGUCGUGUACCACAUCGAGUUCAGUGGCACGGAGGAGAUGCUCCUUGAGCAGCUGCCGGACCCGGAGUAUGAGUGA